AGAAGGGGACAGGACUCGCGAUAUGGUGUACACGUGCAACUACACUUCGCCAUGGUGGGAGACCACCACUACCAUCGGCAUCGACGGCGGGGAUACUCUCGAUCUUCGAUUUUCAAGGUCGCGCAGCAACUUGACCGCUUGUACCUUACUCGUUACAUCAUCGCUGCUGGAAAACGACAUGGGAGAACAGCAUGGAGAGGAACGCGGAGACGCCUCGUCGCGUCGCGGAAACGGCAGAGUCCUUCGGAGCGCCAAGUCACGCGCAUUGAAAGCAAAAGAUGUGUAUCACCGGUGUUUCAUCCGGAUAAUUAACGACCUCGACUUAAGUAACUCGAUCCCGUAAUUUUAUUUCGAGCUUGCGAAACAGUCUGGCAAUUUCUACGAUCGCUGAUCACUUCCAGCCUGCAAGGAAUAAUCGGUCCUCGAUUCAUCGCCACGAGCACAAUGAGCGUCACGAGGUGAUUAACCCCGCGGCUCGAAGAGCGGCACGCACCAACCUAAGUACAUAGAUACCUGGCAUGCGAUCGCCGUAACAUUGACACACUUCCCCGUACCUCUCUCGUGUGUCACAGCUCACCGCUGUAUAAUGACAAAGGCGGUUUGUCGUCUCGCCUUGAGAGGCGGCCGCAGCAGGACGCGCAUGUCCUGCUGCACGUCGUGAUCGCGAUCGCGAUCGUUAAUCGGAGAACGUGGUCCUCGGGACAAGCUAAAUGGGAUAAUAUCGCAUACCAUGAUUAUUCAUC